AUGAGCGCUCGCGUUCGUGAGAUUGCUGCAACGAAGAAUUGCACCGGUCCAGGUUACAGCGUUGAAGGAAGUGAAGAAUUACGUUACACUUACAGUUUUACAGACGAUGUCUUCAAUUCUCAAAAGGAAAAUUUGGCUUCUUUUUACAAGAAAUGGGGACGUGUUCUCGUUUUGUUGGACGAAAAUGUUCAUGAAAUUUAUGGUGACAAGAUUAGAGCAUACUUUAAAGCCUUUGGUAUUCCACCAACUUUGCACGUUUUCAAAGGUGGAGAACUUCACAAGACAAUGGAUACCAUGUUGGAAUUCGUUGAUGCAAUGGAUUCUUUCGGUUUGAUUCGUAAGGAACCCGUUUUGGUUGUCGGAGGAGGCUUGGCUUCUGAUGUUGCCGGUUAUGCAUGUGCAAGUUAUCGUCGUUCGACCAACUACAUUCGUGUGGGUACAACUUUGAUUGCUUUGAUUGACGCAGCUAUUUCUAUCAAAGUGGGAAUCAACCAUAAGAAACUCAAGAAUCGUUUGGGAGCUUACCAUGCACCUAUGCACACCUUUUUGGACUUUGACUUCCUCAAAACACUACCAGAAGGUCAAACAAGAAACGGAUUCGCAGAAAUCAUGAAGAUCUCUCAUUGCGCCGAAAAGCCAACUUGGGAUCUUUUGGUGAAAUACGGACCUCAACUCAUCAAAACAGGUUUCGGUCGUAAAAUUGAAGCAGGCGGAAAUGCUGAAUUAAAGAACGCAGCAGACGAAAUUUGCAGAAGGGCAAUUUUGAAAAUGUUACAAUUGGAAUCGGGAAAUCUACACGAGAUUGGAUUAGAUCGUGUGAUCGCAAGUGGUCACGGAAUCAGUCCAACUUUGGAACUUGCACCUUUCCCUCCUCUUCGUCACGGUCACGCAAUCACUGUGGAUAUGUCUUACACAAUCACAAUGUCACACGCUCGUGGAUUAUUGACUGACGCAGAACGUGAUGAAUGGUUUACAUUGGCAAACGCCGUUGGUUUGACUAUGGAUCAUCCAAGUUUGGACGAAGAAUUAUUACACAGAAGUGUAGAAGCAAUCAUGAAAACACGUGAUGGUCUACAGAGAUUCGUUUUGGCAGGUCCAUAUGGCAAAUGCAUGUUUGCCAAUGAUAUCAGCAAGGAAGAAUUCAAUUCUGUUCUUAAAACACACAAGGCAUACGUCAAAUCCCGUUUCCCUUCUUAUCCUGGCGAAGGACAAGAUGCAUACGCAGAUGCAGGAGAUUUGGGUGCCGAUCCUGAAGUGCUAAAACAAAACGGACAUGCAAAGAUGGAACAACCUCCAUCAACAAAGAUUGCACACAGCAAUGGUGUGCAUCCUCCUCAACCCGUCAAGGUAGCUGUAGCAUAA